AUGGAGGUGGCCGAGAGUCGGGACCCUGCCUCGGUGGGUCCGCCAACCGGGGCAGACACCAGCACCACCAAUGAGCAGCAAAAUUUGUUCCUGGACGAUUCGCUCGUCGGCGAUGAUCGGUCCAGCAGUCUCAGCGAGAUCGACGAGAUGUCGGACAACAUGCCCUCCGACUAUGAAUCGCCAAGACCAGACCCGGCGCCAGCCCCCGAAAAUGAUUCCGAGGCGGAAACGGAGCGGGUCGAUGACUCCCCGAAUAACGUCCGCUCCCGAACCAACAUUGUCGUGAGCGCGACCAGCGGCUAUGAGCCGAGUCCAAGCAAGCUGGUCCAGUCCACGACGUACGACGAAGUCGACGAUGAUGAGACUCACCCCGUCGACGAUUCCCCCACCAAGCCCCGUUCCAAACCGCCCCGCUCGGUGGAACCCCCUCGGGAGGAGACCUUGGAGCCCGACGGUCCCGUCUUGUCAGACAGCGUGGGUAAGAAGCGGAAGCGGCUUGGCUCAGGUGAGGACGCGGGGGCGACGGAGGCCGACGACGAAGGUGGCCCCCCGCAGAAGCGACGCGGCUCUCUGAAGAGCGAGCUCAGCGAUCCACCCGCCGACGACAUAGUCCUGACGCCCGAACCCGUGGAAGAAGAACCGUCUAAGACGACUGCGGAGGAAGACAACAUCCCGGCCGACAACGCCCCCGAAUCGGAUCUGCCGGCAGCGCCGGUCAAGGGCAAGAAGGGCAAGAAGGGGAAGCGUAAAGGCCGGAAGACGCGAGAUGCCGAUGAGGACGUUGACGGCGUCGGUGACACCGAAGGCGGCGCUGACGAUCACACCGGCGAUGACGACACGGCGGAGCGCGGCGAAGAAGCGGACGAUGGCGAGGCGGCUGCCCGACUGGAGGAAGAAGCUGCGAAGCGGACGUCCGCCAUGGAGUCUCUGGCCGGUCUAGAACGAGAAUUUGCGACCCUGCGAGACAAGAUAUAUGACGAACGGAUAUCGAAACUGAAUAACGAGCUCGAUAUGCUCAAAGGCCCUAAUCCCACACACCCCGACCUGUUACGACAGCUCGAGUGCCUGCAGCGAUACCGGGAUGACAAGAUCCACUACGAGCACACCCUCUUCCAGUACCGUCUCAAAUCCCUCCUCAACAAGAGCCUCGCGGAACGGGCCCAGGCACACAGCACGUACUUCCAGCGCAUUCGGGACCUGCGGGAGAAGCACUCGACGAACACGAGCAAGCAAUUCUACGCCAUCCAACACGAUCGGUUCAAGACCGACGAACUCAGCCCGCAGCAGUACAUCCCGUUUCCCACGCGCCGGUCCCAGCAGAUCGCGCAGCAGACGGCGUACAACCAGGAGGUGUCGGUCCUGGCGGGGGUGGCCAAAUACGUGGGAUUCCCGGCGGCGCCUUCGCUGUCGGCCGCGCGGCCGUCGGAACUGGAAGAUGAUCUGGAGAAGAUGGGGAUCGUCAUUGAACCCAAAGCUCCGGUCUCCCAGCCGCCGACCACCAUGCCGCGGGGGCCCAUGUCCGCCAUGUCUUCUAACGUCUUCCGCACGGCUGCCGAGGAAGCGUUCCUGGAGCAGACUCCAUGGGCCAAUCCUCUGCACCCGGCGCAUCAACAGCAGACUGGGUCGCAAAAGCUUCCGGGCCGAGCGCCGGAGGACCACCGUGCGCCCGCGUACACCACGCCAGCGGGGCAGAAGCGGGUCGUCGACGUCAAUGCGCCCAACGGGUCCGCGUCCACCAUCGCCGAGAACUCCUCCGCCAACAACACACCCUACGGGAUGGAGCAAGACGCCGGGCCGUCAGGUCUCGCCCCGAUGGGACACGUGGACUACGACGCGGCGCGCCGAUCCGGAUUCCGGUCCCUCAGCUCGUCCCCGCUGGACGUGCGAAAACCGCACCCGGCGGCGUACGGGGGGCACGACCACCGAUCGCCGCCCGGGGCGGGGCAACACGCCGCGUACUCACCCCCUCCAGCUCGACUGGGCCUCUUCCACUCGGCGGCCUCUCGACGAGAAUCAUCACCCUCAAUGUCAUCCAAAGCAGUCAACUCCAUGGGUGUGCUGGGCGGACCAGGGUCCAACCAGAUGGCGGCGCGAUAG